CCCAAUCGUAACACACAGUUGUGUGUCGUAAUGCACUAGGGUCUGACUGAUCUAGUCCACACGUGAGAAUUGUGCCGAUAACUAAAAGUUUUCAUAUGCAUGGAAAUAAAACGAUUGCCUAUUGAACAACCAGUGAAUAAAUAAAAGAUGAAAGCAACAGCCAAGGAGCAGAUGGAGCAAUCAGAGUCUUCGCACGAUGAGGAAGAUGAGGGCCCGACCAGGGCCAAAAGGGGUAAGCCCGAGGUGGUCCAGAACGGGCUCCUCCGUCCCGUGAAGCUGUCGCGCGGUGACCUCUACAAACCUCCCACCGCAGAUGAACUAAACCAGCUCAAGGAGGCCGAGAGCCUGUUCCACUGCAGCCUGCUCAAGAUGCAGAUGGAGGAGCUGCUGAAGGAGGUUUCCCUGAGUGAGCGCAGGAAGCAGCUGAUUGACUCUUUUGUCCAGAGUGUCACUGAGCAGCUCCAGACUGUACCACAGACUUCUGACAUGGAGCUAAGUGACUUGUCAUGGUUGUCAGGAGGGGUGAAGGUCCCCUUUGUCUUGGUGCCAAAGGCAGCCAAGGGCAAGUUUCACAUGGCACCGCCCAUAUCUGUUACCAUCAUAGGCAGCUACCCACUGGGCACCUGCACCAAACCAGGCAUCUCAGUUGAUCUGGCAGUCGCUAUUCCUGCUGAUGUCCUGCACCCUAAAGAUGCCUUAAACCAGAGGUACCCACGGAAGAGGGCGAUUUACCUGGCAGGACUGGCACAACAUCUUGCCGCCUCUCCCGCCAUCGGGGCCAUGCGGUACUCAUGUCUCCAUGGCAACCGCCUCCGUCCUAUCCUGUUGCUUUCCCCUCCAGGCAAAGACUCCUCCAGUUUCACCUUGCGACUCCACGCCUGCCCUCCACCGGGCUUCUUCAAGCCCAGCCGCUUCCACCCCCAGAGGAACAACAUCCGCACCGACUGGUAUACUGGCCUGGGGAGCUCUCAGCCAGCGACAAGUGAGCCGCCCACUCCCCACUACAACAGUUCUGUUCUUGGGGACAUGCUACCCAGGGCCCACCUGCAGUUCCUGACCGCUGUGAGCUCCCAGUGUGCCGCCUUUGCAGAGGGAGUGGCACUGCUCAAAGUGUGGCUCAGACAGAGGGAGCUGGACCAGGGCGUUGGGUGUUUCAGUGGAUUCCUGGGCUCCAUGCUGCUGGCAUACCUCCUCUCCUGCCACAGAGUCAGCAACACCAUGACAGCCUACCAGCUGCUCCGCAACAGCCUGCAUUUCCUGGCUUUCAACGACCUGACCGAGAAUGGAAUUACCCUAGCCAAAGGCCCAGAUUCAACAGCGCCCUCUCUCGCCGAGUUCCACACUGCUUUCCAGGUUGUUUUUGUCGACCCCUCUGGACACCUCAACAUGUGUGCUGACAUGACAGCCUGCACCUACAAACAGGUGCAGCACGAGGCUUCUCUGUCGCUGCAGUUUUGGGACGACCCCACCGUGGAUGGAUUCCAUGCCCUACUCAUGACCCCCAAGCCCAUGAUCAGGACCAGUGACCAUGUCUUCCAGCUGUGUGAGCUGGUCAAGCUGCAGUGCUGCUGUAAGAAACUCAACCUCCUCAGUGAACUCAUGGACCACAGUGGAAACUACGUCCUCACCGCACUCCCCUUCAUCCUCUCCCUCCUGCAACGAGGACUGGGCCAAAGAGUCCGCCUCCUCACCCACUCACUGACCCCUGACCCCGAGUGGCCGGUGGAGAGUGAUGCUCCGAAGCACAACGCCCAGCCACCCCUGUCCUUUGGCCUGCUGCUCAACCCAGAACAGGCGGCCUCUGUACUGGAGAGAGGACCCCCAGCCGAUAGUCCCAAGGCUGAGGAGUUCAGGCAGCUGUGGGGGUCUCGCUCUGAGCUGCGUCGGUUCCAGGACGGUGACAUCACGGAGGCUGUGGUGUGGGAAGGAGAGACCAUCUGUCAAAAGAGACUGGUCCCACGCCAGCUCAUCACCCACCUGCUGCAGCUUCAUGCAGAUAUACCAGAAUCCUGUGUGAGAUACAUUGGAGGGAUGCUGGAUGAUGUCAUCAAAGUGGGACGGGAGGUGUGCAGUACUGGUGAGGAGGAGAGUCUGAAGGUGGUUCAGUCAUAUGAUGAUCUAAGCAGGAAGCUGUGGACGCUGGAGGGGCUUCCCUUGUCCAUAACUUCAGUGCAGGGGGCCCACCCAGCCCUCCGCUACACCCAGGUGUUCCCCCCAGUGCCCCUGAAGCUGGACUACUCAUUCUUUAACAGAGAGAAGUUGUCCCGGUCACUGGUACCCCAUGAGGUCAAACCUUGCCCUGUGUACAUCACCCCUAUCCAAGUGAUCUGCCACAUGGAGGGCAGUGGGAAGUGGCCUCAUGACCGAGUGGCCAUCCGCCACAUUAAAGCAGCCUUCCACAUCAGCCUGGGAGAACUGUUAACCCAACACCACCACUACACCUGCCAGCCCAGUCCCACACACCUGGAUGUGUGGAAGGAUGGCUUGGUGUUCAGGAUCCAGGUAGCGUACCACCGGGAGCCUCAGGUCCUAAGGGAGAGUGUUAGUCCAGAGGGCCUGCUCAUCGUCAGGGACAACGCGGAGGCUCAGGCCCUGGAGAUGGCCACCAUGCAGCGGCCCCUACUCACCAGCACCCUGCACGGGCUCCAGCAGCUCCACCCGUGCUUCGGGGCGGUGUGUCGCCUGGCCAAGCGCUGGCUGGGAGCGCAGCUCUUUAGCGAUGACAUCACAGAGGACACUGCUGACCUGCUGGUGGCGUCCCUCUUCCUGCAGCCGGCCCCCUUCACUCCUCCAGGGUCUCCUCAGGUCGGUUUCCUUCGGUUUCUCCACCUACUCUCCUCCUUCGAUUGGAGAAAUAACCCCCUGGUUGUCAACCUCAACAGCCAGCUCACCGCUGCUGACUACACUGAGAUCAAGAAUGACUUCAUAGCCUCCAGAGAGUCUCUGCCUGUUAUGUUCAUGGCCACACCCAACGACAAGAAAGUCUCCAUUUGGACCAAGCAGGCUCCCACUGUGCAGAUGUUGCAGCGUGUGGUGAUGGUGGCUGCAGAGAGCCUGAAGAUCCUAGAACCUCAGCUGAUGGACACCAGCCAGAUACAGGACGUCAGGGUGGUCAUGCGGCCUCCAUUGGAUCCCUAUGAUGUCCUGAUCCACCUGAGCCCCAAGCAGGUGCCCUUACUGAGCCAGGCAGUGGACCCUCCUCAUGCCACCUUCAGCAGGGGCAUCCUGGCUGGCAGAGUGGCCAACACUGGAGGAGCACUACCCGUCAUCGACUUCAACCCCGUCACCCACUACCUGGCAGAGCUCAGGGAUGCAUUUGGAGACCUGGCUCUGUUCUUCUAUGACCCCUAUGGCGGCACUGUGAUCGCGGUGUUAUGGAAACCCAAAGCCUUCACCCCACUGCCGUUCAAGACCUCCCAGAUGGUGGCUCGUCGUGUGGAGGUGAGUGGGGACGAGGCUCACACUGUCCCCAACGUGGAGGCCAUCCUGGAGGAUUUCAGGGUCAUGGGCCAGGGCCUGGUGAAGUCGGUGGAGCCAAGGACUGAGAGAUGGGUGGUGUAGUGUAGACUGAGGUCACACAAACCCCCACACACACACACAUGUACCAUGAUCAUAUUUUAUCUUGCACAAUCAAGUUCGACUUUAAAUUAGUUCCCCAUAGCCAGCAACUUUCUUAGUGCAAAGGUUGCAUGUUCAGAUCUCAUCACGGACAACUUUAGCAUUUUAGCUAACUUUGCAACUACUUACUAUUUAGGAACUUUGCAACUACUUAGUAUGUUAACCGUUUAACCUAACUCCUAACCUAGUUAACAUUAGCCACCUAGCAAUCUAGCUAACGUUAGCCGUAACAAAUUGGAAUUGGUCACAUAUCAUACGUAUUGCAAAUUUGUAACAUAUUGUAGGAAUCGUAAUUCGUAACAUGAAAUGGAUGGACUUCAACAAAUGAAUAAUACCAUAUGAAAAGCAGCAUCAUACUAAAUUGAGUGAAUUUACUUUUACGAUGUUAUGUUUACCCCUGAGUACAGCUUGAACACAUUUAAUUGUAUAUCGAAGACUGUUAUCAAAACAAGUCAAGGAGAUUUAUUGCGUAGGAGAAAUGUUGUAAGAAACUAACCAUGUCUUUGUUUUUGCUGGUUCUUUACCCAGUCUUAUAAAAAACUAGUAUUCUCAA